UCAUUUGUCAUCAGUUUAAACUAACACGAAGCAGAAAGCAGAAGUCUAAGCACACGGAAAUAGCAGCCUGCAAUUCUGAUUAGCCUCUUGUUUAUACCACGCUGUGGUAAGCUAAGGCUGCACUGGCUCACUUAACCCUUCUGCAGGCACGAAUGUAGUAACUCUAGUCUCCCUUGGAGAAAGGAAGGAAGACCUUCCUCCACAGAGCCUAACAAGAGACACACAGAAGUAAUCCUGCAAACUACUGCCACCACCAUGAAGACAUCAAACGUUCUCGUUCUGAUCUCAGUCCUGCUUUUCAUCAAUGUCAGCACAGAAUGGCCUACGCACACAGUCUGCAAAGAGGACAACUUGGAAAUAUAUUACAAAAGCUGUGAUCCUCAGCAAGACUUUGCUUUCAGCAUUGACCGUUGUUCUGAUGUUGCAACCCACACCUUUAACAUCAGAGCUGCAUUGGUCCUAAGACACAGCAUCAAGGAACUGUACGUCAAGAUUGACCUGAUCAUAAAUGGGAAGACCGUGUUAACCUACUCGGAGACGCUUUGCGAGCCAGGCCAUUCUAAGCUUAUUUUCUGUGGAAAGCAGAAAGGAGAACACCUUUACUAUGAGGGACCAGUCACACUGGGAAUCCAAGAAAUCCCACAGGGAGACUACACUGUUUCAGCAAAGCUGACUAAUGAAGAUGGCGUCACUGUUGCUUGUGCUGAUUUUACCGUGAAAAAUUAUUUAGAGUAUUAUUAGUAGCAAAACAAUUUCAUGAAAGCUACAGACUACCAAAGCUAUUCAGUCCAAGGGAGCUGCUUGCAUGCUACAAUGAUUCUGAAGGAAAUAAGCCCCACAUGGUGGUUCUGAUGGUAUUCCUCUUCAUAAUUCACUAUUUUCAAGAAGUCACUAGACCCUCUAGUGGUAAUUUUAUCUCUAGAUGCACACUGUAGCUCACUUUUUGCUUCUAAUAUAUACAGCUGCAAGUAGAAAGUAUUUGACACCAACAUUUUCAUUUUGGGAUGAAAAUAGCAUGAAACAGAACAGGCAAGAACCUAAAUAUAAUUUUUUUGUUGCUUUUGCAGUAAGUUAUGGAGGGUUUCUAACACAUGCUAAAGAAGACUUUCAUAUGUAUCACAUAUUAUGCAUUUACAGCACUAAACACUGUCAGCCUCCCCUGGGGCGUGUCUGGAGCCUCCACUAGUAUAGCUUCUAUUAUAACCACGGAACAAAGACCAAAUAGGAUGAACAUGCUUUUUUUUUUUCCAGCGAUACAUGUCCUGUCACUGGAUUCAUAUCACUAGAAUCUGCUGGAGUCUACCUGGAAUUUUUUGUCCUUUAAUAUCUUUUAAGUGAUAUGUGAAACAUUCUGUAUCUAAGCUAUGUGGCCUUCUUGCUUCUCAAUAAACUCAUAAUUAAAGAAUA